AUGUUUAAAAAACUCGGUCUGCUUGGGAAGAAGGACAACAACAACGCAUCCUCGUCGUCAUCCUCUUCCAACAACAACAACAAUGGCUAUCAAACCAAAGUCGAUGUUUCUCCAGCCUCUGAAACUCCUCAACAACCUUCCACUCCUUCCGAUGACAAUGUCAAAAAAUCAAGAACACCAGUUGCUCCGCAAGUCCAAGAAGUUUCGGCUCGUGUCAACAAUAUGAAUCUCCCACAAAAGAAAAAAGAAGUUGAAAUUGAAGAAAACGAUCGAGGUGUUUCCGAACGAAAUAAAACUGCCAGUGAUGUCGUUCGAGCUGAGAGAACCACUGGAGAUGAAGCAUUGAGAGCAGUGGCUGGUCUCAGUGAUGGUCUCGAAGAUCAACAAGAUGAAUUAGAUCGAAAAAAGAAGAAGAAGAAGAAUAAGGAUAAGGACAAUGAGACAUCGAGUGGUGCUGGUGCGGGAAGUGGAUCUUCGCCCAUCCUGUCGGAGAAGAAGAAGAAAUCGACCAUUUUGGGAGAUUUAUUGGGAAUGGCUGCGAGAAGAGGAUAUCUUUCAAAGAGAGGUGGUUCUAUCAAAACAUGGCACAAAAGAUUCUUCAUUGUCAUUGGUCAUCGUCUUUAUUAUUACAAGGAUGAAUCUCCAAAGAAUGAACCUCUCGGUUCUGUCAAGUGCAGAGGUCCAGAAUGUGUACAACCUGUCGCAGAUUCCAAUCGUCCCUAUUGUUUCAAAAUUAUUUCAGAAGAAAGAACCUUGUAUUGUCAAGCAGAAUCUGACACUGAAAUGAACUCUUGGAUUACCUUCUUGAGAGAACAUACAUCAAAAUUGAAUUUGAAAAAAGUCAAGGAACUUGCCACACUUCAAGGAUUCAUGUCACUUCUCGACAAUCAAACAAAAAAGAAAAAGAGAGACGUCUAUUGUUUAUGUAUGGAUGGAAAAUUCUAUAUUUUGAAUUCGUAUGAUGAUGUAUUGCCAGAUCGAAUUGUAGAACUAGCUGGAGCGAGUGUGACAAAAGUGAGUUUAUCUGGAACUGGCUCGACUCUUGAAACUCCAGCAACUCCUGGAAGUCCAAGAGAAUCUCUUACAAAGAAUCUCUCUGAUUUUGCAUUCCAAAUUACAGAAAGUAUUGCACACAAUCUUCCUCCUGCAGAAGAACCCAAUACUUCGAAAGAAGAAAAACAAGCGGCAAGAACCUCUCGUUCUGCAUCUUCCUUUAAAUUCCGUAAAUCUGUGAAAAUGGAUCAGAGUGGAAAUGCCAAUUCUAAAGAAGGAACCAAUGAUGGAUCUUCAACCAAUCGAUUGAGAAAGGGAACUCAAUUCUUCCAAAAUUUAGUGACUAGUAUUGAAGGUCUCAAUCAAGUGACACUCACUUCAGUAGAUCCCUAUUUGGCCGAUGCUGAAAUUUGGUGUGAAAUUGUUCGUCACGAAGCAGAAUUGGCCUCUACCAGUUGGUACGUGAGAAAUUCACAAAUGAGAGGAUGGAUUAAAAUUCUCAUGAACAAUGACGAAGUCAACAAGGUGAUUUUACAAGAAAAGAAACGACCUGAAGUAUUGCAUUGGAUUGAAAGAUAUGCUUGUUUAGUGAGAGGAACCUUAUUUUACUUUGUCGAAGAAAAUUCACCAACUCCUGAAGGCAGUAUUGUAUUAACGACUGGUUCUCGAUUGGUCACAAGUGCUGUUCGUGAAUUGCAUUGUCCCUAUGCAUUCAAAAUUUCAUCACUUUCUUCAAAUUUUUACAUUUCAGUCUAUUCCGAUGAUGAAAAAGAUUGUUGGGUCGAUGAAUUGAAAGAAGCUACUUAUUCACAAACGAAUUUGGAUUACAACAAGUAUGGUUGGUUGACCAAACAAGGAGGUUCCUACAAGUCAUGGAAGGAACGUUUCUGUGUGUUGAAGGGAACUAAUUUGUAUUAUUUCGCAGAUCCUAAUGAUUCUGAACCAAAAGGAAAGGUCAAUUUGAAGGGUCAAAUGAUUAGACACUUGACACCACAAGAAGCUUAUACUGAAAUUCAAAAAGAUAACGUCAUUAAGAUUUAUACCAGUCAACGUACUUGGUAUUUCUUUGCCGAUACCAUGCAGGACGCUGUGGAAUGGUCUAUUGCCUUAAGAAAAGCCGCUCUCCUCUAUCGUGGCCGAACUUGGAUUGUCGAUGACAAACUCGAUGGACUCGAUCCCAAACAAUCUCUCAAAUGUAAAUCCAUUUCACAAGCUGUUGCCAAAGCCGCCGAUCUCGAUCGAAUCAUUGUCUACUCUGGAAUCUACUCUGAAACUGUGGUCAUUAACAAGUCAGUCAUUAUCGAAUGCGUUGGAGAUGUUGUGUUAAAAAAAGAUGCAGGCGCUCCUCUCAUUGUCGAUUGCAGUGGAGCUGUCAAAGUCAGUAACAUGAAAAUUACACAAGAAGGAGCUCCUAAAGAAUUACGUGGAGAUAAACACGCAGUCGAAGUGAAACGUGGAAAUAUCAUGUUUGAACAUUGUCAAAUUUUGAGUCGAGAUGGAAAUGGUGUCGUUAUUACCGAUGAAGGAGGUGUGACCAUGAGCAAGUGUCGUGUUUUUGAUUGUAAUCAUUAUGGAAUUUGGUUGAAUGGAAAAGCAAGUGCUAUUUUGGAAAAUAUUGAAAUUUGUGGCUGUCAAUGGGAUGGUCUCAUGCUCAUGGCCAAUACGGACUGUAUCAUUCGUCAAUCCGAUAUUUUCAAUAAUUCUUACAAUGGAAUUGCAGUUUCUUCGAAAGGUCGAUUGAAUGUCGAAAAUUGUAGAAUUAGUGGAAAUUUAUGGGAUGGAAUUUCGAUUAAUACGGACAAGGGGGCUGCUCGAUUGUUUGACAAUAUUAUUUUUGACAAUCAAGGAUUUGGAAUUUAUUAUGCAAAGGACAAAGUCAGUGGUAUUAAUGUGGACAAUGAAGUGUAUUCGAAUCGAAAAGGUCAAAUCUUUACCUUGGGUGGAACUUUUAAUUAG